AUGAUUGAAAACGCGGUCCAGCCCUCCUCUGCUGCCGGACAUGCUUUUGUCCUCCUGCCCCGCUCACCUGAUGUUGCAGUAAUACAGAUGGAUCGUGGUAAAGAAACAGAAAUGGAGUUACGGAGAUCCUCCAGCCCAGGCAAGCUAAGCAAGAACGACAUGGAUGCUGACAAGACCAUGUGCCACAGCUGCUGCAUCUGUGGUAAAAGUUUCCCUUUUCAGAGCUCCUUGUCGCAGCAUAUGAGGAAGCACACAGGUGAGAAGCCCUACAAAUGCCCUUACUGUGAUCACAGAGCUUCCCAAAAGGGCAACCUGAAGAUCCACAUCCGUAGUCACAGGACAGGCACUUUAAGUCAGGGGCACGAGGUGGAGAUGGGAGAGGCGCAGCUGGGUGAGAUGGGUGUUUCAGAGGGCCUCGGUGGGUGCACCAGCCCCACCAAAAGUACAUCCGCCUGCAACAAGAUCUUGAACGGUACCGCUCAGGUAGAUAGCAGCAAGAUCUUGUUGAGAAGCAGCAAGAAGGAGGUCAUGGAGGCGGCGCCAGCUGAAGAGGGUGGCAAGCUGACCUCUUACCAGUGUACCUUCUGCAAAAACAAAUUUGAAAAGAAGAAGGACCUGGAGCAGCACCUGCAGCAGGUCCACAAACCGUUCAAGUGCAGGUUGUGUAGCUACAUGACCCUGAGGGAGGAGACGCUCUUAAACCACAUAGAGAAGGACCAUAUAACAGCUCAGGUCCCGAAUGGGGAGGCCUAUGCCGAGAACUGCAAGAGUGAGCUGAGCGCGGGCGAGUUUCCGUGCGAGGUCUGCGGCCAGGCCUUCAGUCAAACCUGGUUCCUGAAAGCUCACAUGAAAAAGCACAGGGGAUCAUUUGAUCACGGGUGCCACAUUUGUGGCAGGAGAUUCAAAGAGCCCUGGUUUCUCAAAAACCACAUGAAGUCGCACGGUCCCAAGACCGGGAGCAAAAACAAACCAAAAAAUGAUUUGGACCUCAUAGCCACUAUCAAUGACGUGAUACAGGAGGAGAUGAUUGUGACGGGCCUGUCUCUGUACGAAGUUUGCACCAAGUGUGGAAAUCUGUUUACAAAUAUGGAAAGCCUGAAAGCGCAUAACGCUGUUCACUACCGGGCGCAGCGGGGCAGUGCCGGGGAUAACGCCGAGGACUUAAUUGAUGAGAGCCUCAGCUCCUCGGUAACGAAGCAGUUCUUCUUGCAGUGUCUCAAUCUAAGACCAUCUGUAGGGCUGGAUAGAGUUGCAAGAGGACAGCCUGGGAAAAGAGUUGCUGAGCUGGAUCCAGUCAGUAGCUACCAAGCUUGGCAGCUGGCCACCAAAGGAAAAGUAGUAGAGCCCUCGGAGUAUGUGAAGUAUGUGGGAUGGGACGAGGCCCUGGCGGAUGCGGACGUGACUUACGACAAGGAUAAGAGAGAGUACAUCCUUGUCAACCAGGAGAAGCGCAAGCGAGAGCAGGACUCACCCAGCUCUUCCAGCAACCCCAAGAAGAAGAGCUGCACCAGCGGGCGCCUGGAGAAAACGGUCAGCGCUCCGCCGGGGGAGAGCUUCCCGCUCGCCCAGGGGGACCUGGACUACCGCCCUGCCUCGCGGCAGAGCCGGCGGGCUGCCCAGAACAACAAGUCUACCGAGUGCUUCGAGUGCGGGAAGAUCUUCCGCACCUACCACCAAAUGGUGCUGCACUCCCGGGUGCACCGCAAGGAGCGGAGGAGCUGCAGCGAGGGAGGGACGGCCGCCCAGCCCGACCGCUAUGGCUCCAGCAGCGAGGAAGGGGACUCGGGGUCCGUCAGUGGGCCCAGCACCCCUGGCUCCGCAUCCGCCCCAGAGGACUCGGCUACCUCCGGCUUGGGGGAAGAGGGGGCUGAGGAGAGCUCCGAGGAGGGAGCCGCCAACCCCUUGCUAGAUGAAAAGCCAUACCACUGCAACUUUUCUGAAGAGGAAACCCCGAUGGUAACAUCUCAGUUGGGUGAACUCCCGAAGCUGGGAAGCUGCAAUGCCAGAGAAAACAAGGCCAGGGAAUCUAAAACAGAGAUUCCUCCCCUGGUGUCAGCACCGGAGAGCGUCAUCAAGGAACCAUUUUUGAAAUACCAAGAUAUAAAAAGUUCUGCAGACAUAAAGAUGCCAGCAUUUCACCACAGCCAAGGGCUUCCUUGCUCCAGUCGCGUUGCUAGCUUUGCUUCAGGUGUGGGCCAGACAUCUUCAAACGUAGUCAUGGACUUGAAAAUGUCACUUGAAGUGCAGACUGGUCGCACUAGAGAAAAUUUGCUAGACUUAAACAGGGAGUAUCCUUGUAUAGAAAAAGGUGCUGAAAUUCAAGAGGUAGCUCUACUCGAUUUGAGUGAAAAAUCAACAAGGGAUAAUUCAUGCAAUAAACAUCUGAAUACAUCCUUGCAGGCGGCUUUAAUGGUCUACCCGUGUCCUUUCUGCAGUCACAAGACCUACUACCCUGAAGUUCUGUGGAUGCACAAAAGAAUUUUGCACAAAAUCAGUUGUAACUCGAUGGUCCCCCCUUGGGUUCAACAGAACGGAUUCAAGAGUAUUAAAAACAACCUGGUCUUUCUGGCGAGGAGUGGGCGUACUGGUCCCCCUCCUGUUCUUGGAGGUAAGGAAUGCCAGCCUUUGCCUGUUGCCAGAUUUACACGCACUCAAGUGCCAAGUGCAUUGCCAGGAUCCAAAAGCAGCUCUCUUUCUGUCGGGAUGACUGCCAAGUCUGGGAGUACACAUCAGUCAAAGGACGGUCAUGCCUUUGGCCACUGUGGUCCACGCUUAUCAUCAGGUCUGGAUGGGUACAGACAGCCCAAGUUAAACCAUUCCCAGGAGCAGUACAGCGUAGCAGCACAACAAAAAAGUAAAUACGAAGCAAAUUCCAAACUUAUGCAAAUGGGAGGCUAUAGCAGAAGUGUAACACCUACUCAGACGGUCAUAUCCAGGCCUAGCACACAGCCCACCAACAGUAAGCAAGUGGAAAAGUACAUGGUUCCCCAAGGAGGUUCUAGUUUUGCCCCUCCAGGUAAGCACUGUGUGUCAGAGUCCAUGAAGGCCAAAUUCCCCCCCCCGCCACAGUAUCAUCCUCUGUGUAAAAGUGAGCAGUACACUAAACACGAAGAGCCAUUGGUGCCUCAGAGGGAGUCUCACGUGAAGGUUGGGAAUGAGAUGAGGACAUUGGCAAACUGCACAGCGGUAGCACGAGCGAGUCCACUGCUGCAGCCCCAGCCUAGCACCGCGGGACUUUCUCCGGCUUUACACUCCAGCAAACAGGAUCUGGGAUCAGACGGGCAUGAGAAACGUUUGGACGUUUUAAAUAUCUUUAAAACAUACAUUCCAAAGGACCUUGCUUCGUUGUACCAAACCUGCGGUGCCAACAGCCCUGUCCUGGAUCACGCAGGGAUGCUCAGGACACAAACACGCCAAGGAGACUGCGUCUGCAGAGAAUGUGGAAAAUGCUUUACCCAACCCAGCCACCUCAGGACUCAUCAGAGGUCCCACGCAGUGGUAUUUGAGUCUAAUGGACUCCGAGGUACUGAAGUUCACACCACCUCUGCAGAUGCCCCAAAACAAGGGAGGGACCACGGCGGUGCGGAGGUCGCCCACACGCUGCCUCUCCGGAAGGGAACCUAG